AUGGCUACCGCUUCGCCGCGCUCGACGCGCUCCCGCACUCCAAGUACCCCAAAAAGCACUGGCGGUUCACCGGUCCACAAUGGUAGCUCUCCAGCUAUCAUGACUCCAGGACGGAAAAUCAAGGCUAUGCUUGCGGCAUUCGAUAGUGAUUCAGAGUCUGAUCGUUCUAUACCGAAACCUAGCGCACGACCGACCACGCAGCGCCAUGCUCGAAUGGAUGAUGAUGAUGACAGUGAGGAGGAUCGGGACGAAGAUUUGCCGGUUGCACCACGCGGUCGAUUAGCAGCUAGAAUGCAUGCUGCUAUGUCUUCACAAAAAUCACCGGUAUCUGAGAACAAAAAGAAGCCAAUACCUGGAAGACAGGCAGUCGACCUAUCUGCACUGAAUGAAAUAUCGGACCGGCCACAGGGAUCAGAUUCAGAUAAUGGGGACGUCCUUGCAUUUGGUAGGAGAGGACGAAAGCCAACGCGAGCAACAGAAUUAUCAUCCCCUAGUACUCCGCAGAGUAACGGUUCAGAAAGAUCACCAUCACCGUUGUUUGUGCCAAUGGGCUCAUCAAGUCCCGCGGACAAGACAGCUCAGCGCGGUGUAAGUAUAUCAGAAGCCACACCGCCUAUCUCUCGUCUUCAAGCCCUUGUCGAUGAGAAGCGAAGAAAGCUUGAACAGCAAGAGAAGCAAUCGCUCGAAAAAGAAAGGGAGAAGACACAACGGGCCAUGGAGCUGGACAGCGAAGAGGGAGUAGAGGACGAUGAUGAAGAAGAAGAUGACGAAGCGGUUAAAAGGUUAACCCAACAAUCACGGCCUGCGAGAAAAGCGAGUAAGAAGGCAAUGCUCGACAUCAACCGUGAGACACAACGAAUGGCGCGCAAUAUGCAAUUGGCACAUGAGGCUACAACUAAGAAGAAGAUAUCGAUUGAUAGCUUCCUAACCAGAUUCAACCAGAAAAAAACUUCAGCCACUUCUAAUAGUGGUUCUAUAAAUGAUACCCCUAUCCAGACAUCGGAUGCGGAGGGCCCGCAUUCGACUCCUCCAACUUCUCCAGUUCGAGAGGCCUAUCAAGAGAAACAUGGUGAUAAACCAUCUGUGGAGGGAACAAGCGGGACAAUGGAGGGGAUAUUGGAGGAGGAUAUGGAGUUUCCGACCAUAGAUGCUCUGUUCGUUGCUUUAGAUGAACCCCAAGCACCUCAACUAGAACAAUCCCAGCAACCCUUGAAGGAAAUAACGCCCACUAUACCCAUCGCCCCCAAGAUAGAUAAGACUAGCCGUCGAGUGCAAGUUCGAUUGUCCCGAGAAGCCAUUGCCCAAUGCCAAAAACAUGAUUCCGAUUCCGACCUUGAAAUUGUCACAUCCCCCCACAAGGCUCGCCGUCUAGCACUCUUCGAAAACAUCACCUCCCAAAAUGCCCAUAAACUGUCAAACUCACUACGCACGUUGAAAGCGUUGGCACAUCUACCAUCCAAUAACAAAAAGCAACCCAUGACACGCGCAGAGCUCGACGAAACUUUGCUCCGGAAGGCUAGAGAACAAGCUGCGCAGCAAAGAGAGGAGAAAAUCGCUGCUCUCAGAGCAAAGGGUGUUGUCAUUCAAACAGCCGAAGAACGCGUUCGUGGCGAGGAAGAGGUUGAGGAUUUGAUGGAUAAGGCUAGAGAAGAAGCAGAUCAAAUAGCAAAGCAAGAGAAGGCAGCUUCAAAACGUGCGAAGAAAUCUAACGACGUUGAUAUCUACGAUAUUGCUAGUGACGAGGAAGAAGAAUAUGUCAACGACGCCGAAGUGAACUCAGAAGCUGAAGAUUCCGAGGACCUGGACGACGCACAGGACGGCCUAGAUGACGAAGAUAGGGAAGAGGAACAAGACAACGAGCAGCAACCCGGAGAAUUGUUCGAUGAUCAGGCUGAGGAAGGCACUGAAUCUGAGGGCCGUGAUGACGAUGACGAGGCAAUGGAAGAGGAUGUAGUCAACAAACCAGACGUCCGGCGGAGGAAUAGGUCAAAACUUGUUGUUAGUGAUGAUGAAGAUGAUGGCCCCGUCAACCCGCAUGUGGCUACUACUCCUAAACCACAAAUUCCCAACCUUGGAUUGCCAACAACUCCGCUCCUUGGGCUAUCUCAAGUCUUCGCCGCAACCUUGGGCGGUAGUCAAGAAGACUCACAGGAGGACUCGUUGGAACAACUACGCAAGAUGCCUGGCAUAGACCUUCCUGUUGCCGAGCUGCUUGAUUCCCCUUCACAGGAUUUUACGCAUGAAACCCAAGGCCGGGAGAGUGGAACUCUCGAUAUAUUCGCAGGGUUUCCAGAGCCUAGUACACCAGCAGCUGAUUCUCCCAGCACCAAAACCUUCACCGAGUACUCUCAAAUUCCAGACCCAACACAGGACGAUGGCUUUGUUAUGUCACCAUUUGACCAACAAAAGCGAUUUCGAACUGCCCCAUCUACCGUCGCUACAUCUAUGGUAGCUUCCAAUGAAACUGGCCCUCGUAAGAGGGAAAGGAAGCGGCUGAGACGAGGCCCAGCCCACCAAGAUUCAGAUGCUGAUGAUGAUGAUGAACCCCAUGCCAAGGUGAACGCCUUCAAACUAAUGCGAAAGAAAGAAUCUAAACCGUUUGCCAAGGAUAAGAGCAAGGCAAAGGAGAUGGUUGAUGAAGCUGCCGAGGAGUCUGAUGAUGAAUAUGCGGGGCUCGGAGGCGCGAGUGACGAGGACUCUGGUUUAGAGGAUGAGUUCGAUAGACAGAUGAUUAAUGAUAAUAGCGGAGAGGUAGUGGAUGAGAAAGAACUGGCAGCCAUGAAUGCUCAUCAUGAACGUGAACAAGACGAAUUACAAGUCAACAAACUCAUGAAAGAUAUCACUACCGGAGCAUUACGUAGGAAACGUGUUGGCGAUGCUUUGGAUUUAUCAGAUUCAGACGAUGAGCGUAUCAGCCGACGACGGGCUGCGAAAAGAAGAGAAUUUAUGAAAAUGAGAAAGGCCCUCCUUGCUGACGAGAAGAUUGGCAAAAUUGCAGAGGACCCGAAGAAACAAGCUUUCAUGAGAACUAUCGAGGAUAUGGACGUUGAUAACGAUUCUGAUUUCCUUGAAGAAGGGGAUGAUAGCGAGAACUAUGUUGCCUCCCAGGAGAGCAACAAUAACGGCAACGAUAGCAAUCAGCAAGGCACCGGGGGCGACGAUGCUAGUAAUUCCGCCUCGAGAAAACGACCAUUCGAGACUGUUGCUGCCGAUGCAUUGAACCGAUUACCCGCGAAAUCUCGACGGCUGGCUCACAAGGCAAGCAUGAAGAAGCCAUUGACACUUGCCGAGAUCCGCGAAUCCGUAUCAUUCUUGCUUGAUGGCCCUAACACGGGUUCUUCAUUGGAGGCCCCUGCCUCAAGUAUUAUACCAUCGGAUGACGUUCCAGCUCAGCCUGAUCACUCCGGGGGUAUUGAAGAAGCCGAUUUUGUUGAUAAUGGUGACCCGCUUCCAGCAAGUGGAGGGGAGGCGGCACAGCGGCCGAAGGAGAAUGCCAAUCCACGUCGUCAAAGAGGGAAAGUAGUUGAUCGUCUCGCUCUUCGACGUCAAGCUUCUUCCAAUGCAGCCUCUGCGGGUAAACCCGCCUUCCACUCUGGUGCAAACGGUGUUGGACCUGAUUUCCAACUUCCACCAUUCCUGCAAAGACGAUCAUCAUCAAGUCUGUCUAUUGCCUCUACCAGAUCCUCUUCAUCAUCGACUAGCUCUGGCUCUUCGGUGGUUGUUACGGAGUCAGCGGGAGUGCAAGGCGGUAGGAAGGGUGCUGUGAAUUAUUACGCUGCUGCUCGGGAGAAGGAGAGAGAGCUACAGCUAAAGAAAGGUCUGAAGAGCGGUUCUAGCCAUUCUACUAUGGUUGCCCAGCGUAGGACGAUGGGAAGCGGCCUAAGUGGACUGUUGGAUUCUAGGGCUGGUGAAUGGGAGUGA